AUGCGCGAAGCAGAAAGACAAAAUGCCAGGAGAGAGGAAAAGCCGGAGGAAGCUGGGGAAGUAGCGAAGGCAGAGGCGAAAGGACAGGAACGAGGAGGUGGGAAGCGGGCAACACGGACGGGAAAGUUGGAGAGGGGAGAAGAGGGCAGUGGGGAGAAGCGGCAGGGAAGGGUCACAAACCCCACAGCGGGGACGAGCCGAAAGACGCCAGGGAGGAGCGGGGCAGCGGCAGCCGGGUGGGCUGCGGGAGAGAGAGGGAGGGAGCGGGGCAGCGGCAGCCGAGGAGGGGGAAAACGGAAGGGGGAAGAGGUCGGGCUCCGACGGGACGAGCCCGCGGCGGAGUUGGCCGCGCACUUACCGCUCCGCCGCCGGCGGCUCCGCGGGCAGCGCCAACGGCCCCAACGGCCGCCGGCUCCGCCUCGCGCCCCGCGGGGGUCGGCGCGCACACGGCCGGCGACGCAGCGCCCGAGGGCUCGGCUCGGCUCAGCCCGGCCCUCCGCGGCGCCCCGCUGCUGCGGCGGCUCCUGCUGCUGCUCCUCCCCCGGCCCCGCCGAGCCACUGCCGCCUCUCGCCCGGCUGCGAGUGGGUGUCCCCCGCCCGGAGCGGCCGCCCCCGCCUCCUUCCUGCCUCUCCUUCGCUCCCCUUCACCGGGAGAGACAUGUAACGGAACUGGGGCGCCAGCACGGCAUUGUGGGAGCUCUUAAAGCCGCAGCCGCCCCGUGCCCCCCGCCGCCAGCGCCGCCGCUGCUCCCCGCCGCUGGCCCGGGCGAGGGCGCGUCCGCGCCGCGUCCUCCCCCGCCAGCGGGGCGGGCAGGCAGGCAGCGGUACAGGCAGCAGCGAGGCAGGCAGCGGCAGCAGCCUCUUAAAGAAGAGGCGCUACAGCCUUUCCUAAAAAUAUCCCCCCGCGGGGUUCCUGGGACCGGCCGAUGA